AUGCGGAGCACCUUCCUCUUCCUCUUCCUCCCUCCCGACGACGACGCGCCAGGCAAGUCGUUUUAUAACCACGCAGCUUAUCUUGCUGAGACUCUUCUAUGGCUACCAUUCUGCACUGUGCAGGUGCAGCUGGCAGAGCCAAUGGAUCAGCCCGGCCAGCCAGCGCAGGUGCAGCUGACCGAGCCAGUGGCAGCAUCUCGGCAGCCGGCAACAGAGUCCGAUGAAAUCCAGCCAGCGUCUCCGCAGCAGGCAAUGGAGUCCAGCCACUUCCGGCCUGCGUCUGCAAUGGAUCACGGCCACGGCCAGCUUGCGCCACCGCAGCCGGUGCAGCCAUGGGAGUACAGCCUGCGGAAGUACCUCCUGCUGCUGGCCACCCUGGUGGUCAACGUGACGUACGCCGCGGGCUUCAACCCGCCGGGAGGGGUCUGGCAGGCCGCCUACGACGGCCAACCCGCCGGCGACCCCAUCAUCCGUGACACCCACUACCGCCGCUACCUCGCCUUCUUCUACUGCAACGCCACCGCCUUCGCCGCCUCGCUCGUGGUCAUCGUGCUCAUCCUCAUACUCGCCGUCCGGCACGACAAGGAGAAGGAGAAGGGGAAGAAGGACGCCGUCCAGGUCGUCAAGCCGCUGCGGGCUGUCAUGGUGCUGGACCUGCUCAGCCUGGUGGGCGCCUACGGCGCCGGAACCUGCCGGGACAAGAUCUCCAUCGUCUACUCCGUGGUGUUGGUGGCCAUUGUCUUCGUCUAUAUCAUGGUACUCAAGCUGAAGGAUUGCCGGUGCCCAGAAAGCCCCGACUCCGGUGACACGAUACCUCCGACGGAACACAAAGCCGAAGAACGGCUCUGCAAGGUCCUGAUGCUCCUGGCGACGUUCGUGGUGAGCGUCACGUACGUUGCCGGGCUGAGCACGCCAGGUGGCUUCUGGGACAGCAUCGGCACUACCUACCGCCCGGGCGAUGCAAUCCUCAAGGACCACCACAGCCUGCGCCUGACGGUGUUCCUGCUUUGCAACACCACGGCGUUCGUGGCGUCCUUGCUCAUCACCAUGCUGCUCAUCAUCGACGGCAAGAAGCUCCGCAAGAAGACGGCUCACUCUCGCGUGCUCUACGGGUGCAUCGUCGUUGCGCUUGUUGGCCUCGUUGGCGCAUACACCGCUGGCAGCUGCAGGAAGAGCGACACCACCGCCAGAUUGAUUGGCCUGGUCGGAGCCGUUCUGGCAAUGGCAUGCAUCCUACUCUAUGGUGGUUUCUAUACGCCAGUGCCAGAAAUUUCAUGUUCUUGUUUCAGUCCAGCAAAACGAACUGAUGAUGAUGUCAGCACUAAGGAGCUUCUGGAGAAGGCUCGCUCUCUUGUUCUACUGCUCGCCACUCUUGCUGCCACCAUCACCUACACAGCAGGGUUGGACCCACCGGGUGGUGUUUGGCAGGACAAUGGCGACGGACACAUGGCUGGCGACCCGAUUCUCCUCACAACCAAUGCUAAGAGGUACAAGGCCUUCUACUACUGCAACUCGGUUGCGUUUGUGGCGUCAUUGGUGGCCAUCGUCUUGGUCCAGAUGGAGAAGCUGGUCAAGCACCAUGUGCUGGAGGCAGCCAUGAUACUCGACCUGUUUGGUCUCAUUGGUGCAUAUGCCGCUGGGAGCUGCCGGAACGUGAACACCUCCAUUUACGCCAUGGCUUUGGCAGGGGCCGUCUUGGUCUAUGUGGUGAUCCAUGUUGUCUUCUUCACGCUGGAUCACACGGACAGGAACACCAGCGACCAAGAAGAUCAGUUGCUGGAGAAGAAGCGCAAACGGUUGCUCCUCUUUGCGAUCUUGACCGCGACCAUCACCUACCAAGCCGGCCUCACCCCUCCUGGCGGCUUCCUGCUCCAGGACGACAAGCUCGGCCACCAUGCCGGUGACCCGGUCCUCUUGUACAACUACCCACGUCGCUACCAUGCCUUCUUCUACUGCAACUCGGUGAGCUUCAUGUUGUCCAUCGCCCUCAUCAUCCUCCUGGUGAACCCCAAUCUGUACGGGCCAGCAAUACGAAGCAAUGCGCUAUCUGUCUGCACAGCGGUGGGCUUGUUUUGUUUGAUGGGGGCCUACUCCACCGGAAGCACGCAACACAUUAAGACAUCCAUCUACAUCUUCGCGUUGGUGGCUGUGGUCCUCUUUGUUGUAGCCAUACUGCUGCUAGUAUUUUUACUGAGAGGGGCGGACAAAAAUGGCACCAUAGGACAGGACGAAGAACAAGGGAGGAAGGUAAAAGAAAAGAAGGGGGAUGGGGAUCGAGAAGAAAGGAAGAAGCACGUGAGGUGCAAGUACCUGAUGCUGCUAGGCAUUCUGGUGGCGAGCGUAGCCUACCAGGCCGGCCUAGAACCGCCCGGCGGAGCAUGGCAGAGCAGCGGCAACGGGUACGAGGCGGGUAACCCAGUGAUGCACGACAACAGGAGGCCCAGGUACCUCACAUUCUUCUACAGCAACUCCAUCUCCUUCAUGGCUUCCAUAAUUGUCAUCAUCAUAUUGCUAUGGCAAUGGUUGCCAAACAAGGAUGAAGGAGAAUGGGAGAAACAGUCUCUGAGGGUGAUGAACUGGAUGAUCCGACUGGAUUUGGUAGCUCUCCUUGUGGCCUAUGCAGCCGGCUCCAACAGGGGGUGGAAGACGUCUGUUUACGUCGCCAUGCUCCUUCUUGCAGUGCUGGGCUACUUUGCAAUCCAUAUGAUACUAUCAUGUACGGUUUGUCACCGUAAGAAGCCCGAACGGAGAUUUGCAGCGAGAAGGCCCAAGGCACAUCUGAAGCGUAGCUAUACUAUGUGA